AUAUGAAGAUGCAUAUCAAUAUCAGAACAUAUUUGGGCCUCUAGUGAAAAUGGAAGCCGACUACGACAAAAAAUUAAAAGAAUCUCAGACUCAAGAUGAUAUUGUAGUUCGAUGGGAUAUCGGUCUAAAUCAAAAACGCAUUGCAUGGUUUUAUUUGCCCAAGCUUGAAUCGGGAGAGGUUCGACUGGCCGUUGGAGAUGAAUUGCGACUGCGUUAUCGCGGUGAAAUGCAGAAGCCUUGGGAAUGCGUUGGCCAUGUGAUAAAAAUACCCAACAAUGUCAGCGAUGAAGUAGGAUUAGAAUUGCGCCGCAACGACAACACGCCUGUAGACUGUACUGUCAAUUUCUCUGUGGAUUUUGUAAAACGGUUG